AUGAGCCACAACCAGAACUACGACACGAUGGCCGCGAACACGAAAUACCAGCCUGCUCCGCAGCGCGACUCGUUCGAAGACGAGCAGUCGGCGGGCUUCAGCCAGGCGCCACCUGCCUACGAGGCCGAAGCUGCCACCAACGCCGCUCUGCUCUCUGGUGUCGCGCGUGGCGAAUAUGAUAAUGUGCCGGACGAUUUCAAGUUCGGUGGCGUGGUUGCCGAGGCUACUCUCGACAUUCGCAUGCAGUUCAUCCGCAAGGUCUACGCUAUCCUGACUGUCCAGCUUCUUAUGACCGCUGUCUUAAGCUCGAUCUCCUUCUUCAGUGAGGGCUACAGGCACUGGAUCCAAGGCAACCAGUGGAUGAUGUGGAUCUCCCUCUUCGGCGCCAUCGGCUUCAUGCUUCUCACUUUCUGGAAGCGCAAGUCAUAUCCGACCAACCUGCUGUUCCUCACUGGUUUCACUGUUCUCGAGUCCUACUCCAUUUCCGUCAUCACCUCCUACUAUGAGGCUACGAUCGUCCUCGAAGCUCUCAUCUUCACCCUAGCCAUCUUCGUUGCUCUCACUGCCUUUGCUUGCCAGAGCAAGUACGACUUUACGUCAUGGAUGCCCUAUCUGUUUGGCGCUAUCUGGGUCUUGAUCAUCUUUGGUUUCAUGUCGGCCUUCUUCCCUUACAACAGCAAGGUCGAACUGGGCUACGGUAUUGUUGCCGCCUUGAUCUUCAGCGGCUACAUCCUGGUCGAUACCCAGCUGAUUAUGCGUCACUACCACGUCGAGGAGGAGAUUGCUGCUGCUAUGUCCCUCUACCUUGACAUCCUUAACCUAUUCCUGGCCAUUCUUCGCAUUUUGAACAGCCAGAACAACAACUAG